UAGAAAAUGUGGUUAAUUCCAGAUCGGACAUUAAGAACAUCAGUAGCAUUUACACUUUUCUAAUUCAUCAUAAUAAAGACCAUGAUCGGAGAAGAAAUAAUUCUACAGCCUAACUUCACUAAGAAAAAGAGAACAAGUCAUAGAUUCACGAAUGUCAACUUUCUUUACGUCACCGACGGGUCCUCUCGCCUUGUCAUUAUACAUAUUCUUGUUGCCCACGUGUAGCCGAACUAAGAUUUUAAUGUGUUGUCUUUUUGUGAAGAUUGUAAUGAGAGCGAGUGGCAUGUAUCUCAUCGAAUUACCCAAACAACUGCAAGUUAUUUCAAGACCAACAGGUCAUGCUUAUUAGAGGUCUUUUCUCUCUCAAAAUUCGAGUCCUGAAGAAGGCCAGCGACUGCGGCCGAAACGUAGACGAAGAAUAAAAAAAAGGAGAGUAAAAUCUAGCCUUUUACUGAACAUAUCCCCGUCAUACCCCUUACCAAUAUAUACAUUACACUAAUACGGGAUUAACGUUACCAUACAAAGAAGCAUGGGGUUUUAUGCGGACAUCAAACAGCAGUACAGCAGCAGGGUAUGCCAACAGCUGAAACUUUGGGCCAAUCACAACUUGAAACUGGCCUCACUUAGAAAUAGGAGGAUUUUUCUUUUGGAAUGUAGGCGACAAGGGUUGACACCCAGGCACAUCAGGGACAGGAUAAUUUCACUCUAUGGAUCAAUCUCAAGUUCGGAUUCUGUAAGGCAAGCCGAGAGAAUGCAGGCGGAGUAUUACUAUUGCAAGAAAUUCCUCAAAAACCAGUCGAACCUGUUAAUCUUACAAUCCGAUAAAGGGAAUGUAACAGUGGCGAUGAACAGGGAACAUUACCAUUCCUUAGUGCUGGAGAUAUUGUCAGAUGAAAAAUAUUACAGAAAAGUCAGCAGGGACCCAACAUCAUCCUUCCAAACCAAGGCUAACGACAUGAUAAAGCACUUCAUCAGAAAGGAAUAGAUAAGCGAGCAGCAGGGCAAAACAAUGUUCAAUUAUAAUGCAGUCCCAGCCAGAUUUUACGGCCUUCCGAAGGUACAUAAACCAAUAUUGUCCCUGCGGCCAAUCAUUUCCAGUAUCAACACCCCCAUCACCAAAUUAUCCGCUCUGACGUCACAGAUCCUUUCUGACAGCAUGGAUGAUAACAACAGUACUCCAAACCAACACACAACAGACAUGCAGGAAGGUCUCAUCCAGAAUGGUAUGCUGGGUGAGUCCAGGGAGGUAUCAGAUGUAGAGGCGGACAGAGUAACAACACAGCAAAGGGACGAUAGUCCCACUCGGAAUGGCAUGCCGGGUGGGACUGGAGAGUUGGCAUCUUUAGAAGAAACACAACAGAUUGCAACACAUGAAGGUGAGAUCGCCUCUCAAGAAGACUUGCUUGAUGAAGCAGGUGAAUUCACAAGGAUCAAUACAGGAGCACACAUAACACCUAGCAAUAGAGACAGUCUCAUCCGGAAUGGUAUGCCGGAUGAGACUUUGGAGACAACCACUGAUGAAGAAGAAAGAAGAUUAACUUUUGUAGCGUUCCCACUCAUCCCUCAAGUAACCAAUUCGAUAAUAAAAUUGUUCAGAAGUGACAAACUGAAGAUUGCGGUAAAAAAUGAGUUUAAAAUAGGCAAUAUGUUCUCGCAUACGAAGGAUAAAUUCAGCAUAGAGAAAACAUCUAAUGCAGUCUAUAAGGUUCCUUGUGCUCAGUGCCACCUAUCAUAUAUAGGGCAAACGUCGCAACAAAUCAAAAAACGAAUGGCACAACAUAAAAGUGACAUCAAACAUCCUGGAAAGGGUUGUGCUCUGGCUCAACACUGCCAUGACAACCAACACAUGAUGAAUUUCAAUAACAUCCAAAUUUUAGAAAGAGAGAAGAACUAUAGAAAAAGAACCUUUCUAGAAAUGUUUCAUAUAAAGAAAAAUUUAGAAAAUGUGGUUAAUUCCAGAUCGGACAUUAAGAACAUCAGUAGCAUUUACACUUUUCUAAUUCAUCAUAAUAAAGACCAUGAUCGGAGAAGAAAUAAUUCUACAGCCUAACUUCACUAAGAAAAAGAGAACAAGUCAUAGAUUCACGAAUGUCAACUUUCUUUACGUCACCGACGGGUCCUCUCGCCUUGUCAUU